AGCCUUUUCUGUCCACAGGGCAGCUCGGCUUGGCCGCUCUGGUGGCCUUGGUCCACCAGAAGGUCGGCAUGGCGGCUGAGCUCGAUGGCGGGCUUGGCCAGGAGGCGGCCUGCGCGGCCGGGCGCCUGGCGAUGUUCGUCGUGGGCUGCCUCGGCUCGGCCUCCCGGAAGAAGGCCGGCGAGAAGCUCGGGCUCAUGGGCAGCUGCUCGGAGGAGGACUUCGCGCACGUGCUGCGGCACCUCGAAAUCCUCACGAUGCAGAGGGCGGCGAAGCUCGCGGGCGCGCCGCCCGACGUCGCGGCUGCCGGCGGCCAGACCUGCAAGCAGGAGCCGUUCUGCUGCAGCCAGACGUUCCUUGUUGCGCUCUGCAGCGCUUGCGGGAUACCCGCUGUCGGGGCUGCCGAGGCACUCUCGGAGGUGUUCGGCCGCCUGCCGCGCGACGCGAGCGGGCGGGCCGACCUCCUGAGCGUCUUCGGCAUGGAACCGCCCGCCGCCGCCCCGGCCGUGGACGGCGCCGCGUGCGCCGCCUUCCCGGCCGACUACGUGGAGCGGCCGGCGGACCUGCCCCCCGCGUCGGACGACGACCUCGCCGAGGCGGAGCGCAGGCUGCUGGAGGCCGAGGCCGCCGAGUCGUCGUGGCAGGCGGACGUGGUGGCCAUCAACGUGGUGCGGGCCGCGGUGCUGCGCCAGGCCGGCGCGCACGGCGGCGCGGAGGGCCACCGCUGCCUGGCGGCCGCGCCCCUGGUGGCCAGUGUGGCCAGGAGAUGCAGCUCGCGCCGCCCGGCGCUGUCCAAGUCCGCGCUGCUCGCCAUCUCAGAGAUCUGCGAGGGGGCCCCCGCUGGAGGCGAUUGGGGCAGCGCUCUGGAAGAGGGCCUAGCAGGCUGCGCAGCGGCCCUGCGAAGCGGCACGAAGGCCUCGGCGGCGGCGGCCGCCGCGGCCCUCUCGGCGCGCGCGGCGGCGGAGGCCGCCGCGUCGCCGGCGCCGCAGCCGCAGGCACGACGCGGGGCGGGCGGCGCGCGCCUCGAGACGGACGAGGCGCCCGGGCGUCCGGGCGCCCGGGCGUCCGGGCGUCCGGGCGCCAAGCCGGGCCUGGGUAAAAUUGCGCCAUCCCUGUGCCUCCAGCUCAGGCGGCAAGGCGGGCAUGAUGAGUUCACAGGUUGCCGAGGCACGCCGUCUUUCUUGGUGGAUUUCCUCAAGGCGCCGCUUGGCCACAAGCUGAUUGCUGUCAACCAGAAGGGGGAUCUCACCUCGGUCAGCGGCGGCGCAGUUUUCGCAUGCGUUGGAUGCGGAGCCUGGGCGCAGCAGCGGAGGAAGCUCAAGUUGCGCUCUGCAUGUGUGGCACCGACAGCGAAGGGGGCUGAGGUCCUCCACAACUUGAGGCAAGGAGUGGGUCCUCAUAAGAAGCUUGCCAAGUUCAUCGAUGCCACCGUCCAGCUCAAGAGGAUAGCGCGCGAGGAGGCCAAUCCAGUCACGGUCACCACGUCAAUCAAGCGUGCUGACCCCGAGGGCCCCUACAUUUUCGAGGUGCGCAUGGCGGCCCUGCACGAGCGUAUCAAGCAGAAGAAACUUGAGCGGCAGCGUCGGGAAGAUGAGCGCAACGGUAUCCUUGGGCGAAGUUCGUUCGUGAGCAUGUCUGAGGAGAAUGCCAGGCCAGUGAGUGCUGGCGGCGAAGCAGGGGACAUUGACACGUAA